AUGGCUAUUGAUCCGGGCAAUGCAGAACUCGAGGCUGAGCAGAGAUUGCAAAGCUUCUUUAACUCUGAUAUACUUUCUGAUCUGACAGUUCGCUUCAGCGGUCGCGAAGUAAAAGCACACAAAGUCAUUCUCUGCAUUCACUCGCGGUGGUUCGCAAAUGCACUCACAGGCAGCUUCCUGGAGGCCUCUCAAUCUACCCUCGAGCUUCACGAUGACGACCCUCAAGCGCUUGAAGGAAUGCUGCGUCAUUUCUACAACUUAGAACCGAUGUCCCCAUGCGAAACGGACAGACCCUCGACCCCAAACCAGACCGAUGCAUCUGCGAAACUCAAGCAUAUUGUUCACCUCUAUGCUGCCGCCGACAAAUACGAUGCCCCAGUGCUGAAGAAAGAGGUUCUAAGCAGCUUCAUGACUCUUGCGCGCAAGGACUGGCUUGCUUUAUGGAACUCAGGUGAACUACCUGAUAUCAUCGAGGCCAUCUAUGCCUUCGCCCUUCGAAAAGACCGUCUACGAAUCGCAGCUGUACAAUUGUCCCUAGAAAACAUCGGCAAGUUUCGCAAAAGCAAUGUAGACGCAUUCCGGGAUUUAAUUGAAUCAGUUCCCGACUUUAGCGCCGACAUCCUUAUGCAGGUUCCACUCCCUAGCCCUGUCAAAGUAUCAGCAGACUUUUCAGAAAAACUUGUGGAAGUCUUAACCGCGCAUUCCGGCCAGUUGGAGCUCCACGAGGCCGCCAAACUAGGUGACCUCGCUCAAUGCAAACUCUUGAUCAGGAUAGGAACAUAUGUUGGCUCCCUGUCACGGUCUCGGGCGGCAGGAUUGCCCUAGCUAGCUCGGGCAGGUAGGUAGAAGUAAUAACUGAAUUCACUACGUGUUCUAUAAUGCACGGCAGGCAGGCGGGUUGAAUAACAAGACGUAGCUCAAGGAGCUACAAGGAGGCAGGGCGGCGGUCGGCAGGUAUACUCCUGCCAAGGCUCGCAUAGGCCCUUGCAACAAGGCCUCUCGCCGGGUCCUAACAUCACGUGUUACGCUGUGCAGCAAGCUUCACCGUUCAAGCCGUGACA